AUGAGUAAAAUCGCGAGAUCGGUCAAGAACGUGACCAAGGGGUACAGCCAGGUCGAGGUCAAGGUCCGCAAUGCGACCAGCAACGACCCAUGGGGCCCGGUCGGGUCUGACAUGGCUGAGAUCGCCCAAAUCACCUUCAAUAGCUCGACCGACUUCUAUCAGGUCAUGGACAUGCUCGACAAGCGCCUGAACGACCGCGGCAAGAACUGGCGUCACGUCCUCAAGUCGCUGAAGGUGCUCGACUACUGCCUGCACGAGGGCUCCGAGCUCGUCGUGACAUGGGCGCGCAAGAACAUCUACAUCAUCAAGACACUGCGCGAGUUCCAGCACACCGACGAGGACGGUCGCGACGUCGGCCAGAACGUGCGAAUGGCAGCUAAAGAGCUGACUUCGCUCAUCCUGGACGAAGAGCGCCUGCGCGCCGAGCGAGCCGACAGGAAAUCGUGGAAGUCGCGGGUAACGGGCAUCGAAGAGUACCCCGGUGGAGGCCACCACGGCCCAGAUGGCGGGGAGAGAGCCACGCGCCCGCGCAACGGCGAGCAGCGUCGCAACCGCAGAACGGAAGAAGAAGAUCUCGAGCUGAGACUCGCGCUCGAGGCAAGCAAGAACGAGGCAGAGGAGGAGAAGAAGCGCCGCGAACGUGGGGCCAGAGUCGAAGACACCGACGAUGACUUGGAAAAGGCCAUCAAGCUGAGCAAAGAGGAGGAGGAGCUGCGCCGGAAGGAACUCGAGCAGACCAACGCCGACCUACUUUUUGGCGAAACCACCGCACAGCCGAAUGCCUACCAGCCCACGGGCAACAACCAGGGGUACCAGCAGCAGGGCCAAGUGGACUGGUUCGGUAACCUCAUGGACCAGAACCAGCAGCAGCCUCAGAACACUGGCUUCCUCAACAACGCAUACUCACAGCCCACGGGCAUGCAGCCUCAGCAAACUGGCUUCCAGAAUGGGUUCGGCGGCUACGGUGGCUUCCAGCAGCAGCCCCAAAUGCCACAACCUACCGGCUAUGAUCAAUUCGGCGCUCAGCAGCAACAGCAGCAAUACAUGCAGCCCCAACACACGAUCCAACCUCAGCAAACCUCGUUCAACAACAACCCGUAUGGUCAAUUUGGAGGUGGAGGCUUUGGUGACAUGGGUCAGCAGCAACAGCAACAACCGCAGCAAGAUCAGAAUGCGCUCCAGCCUGGCAGUCAUAACCCGUGGGCAAGCAACCAGACUCAAGAGUCGCUCAAGCCGCAGCCCACUGGCUCCAACAACCCAUUCGCUCAGUCCUUCAACCGACCGCAGCCCACUCAGACCUUCACGCAACCGACGUUGAACUCGUUGAGCGAGCAGAAGACCCAGACCCAAUUCAACAACACCUCGUUUAACCCACCGGUAUCCUUCUCUCCUGCACCGGCAGCGCAACCACAGCAGCAGCAGCAGCAGCCACAGGCGCCACAAAAAGAGAUGGACCCGACCGCUGCCAGACUCAAUGCGCUUCUUGCAACAGGCGAAGGCCAGGACACUUUCGGCAACGUCGGAAACAUGCGUAUCCCGGCUCAGCACACAGCUCCUGGAACAUUUGUCAACUCGGCUGGCGCGGGCUUGAACCGGGUCAACGCCAACGCUACCGGCAAUAACCCGUUCUUGAACUCCCAGUUCACCGGCAUGCCGCAGCAAAACCGCAUGAUGCCCGCGGCAACUGGCCCAGCGAGCAACUUUGGCGCCAACCCUUACGGCAGCGCGAAUCCAUUCGGUGCUCAGCCUCAGCAGCAGCAGCAACCCCGUCAGCCUGGUGCCAACAACCUAAUAGACUUAUAG